AUGGCUAAAGUAGCCAAGCGGGUGGGCAUUCAUGUCUGGAGAAUUUAUAGUAUGAUUCCAUCAAGUGGUCAAGAACUCUCCAAUGUACAUCCUUCAAAGUUUGCCUCAAAGAUUAUGCCAACCUCUACCUACCCAUGUCUAUAUAAACAUCCAAUAGAAGUGCUUACUUGGGGUAUAGGAACCUUGUAG